AUGGACAGUAAAACCAAACUCAUGGUAUGUCUUUCAAUCACGGUUUUGCUAUCGUUUUCUCAUCCAACUUUGGCCACAGAAAGCGAUGAUGAGUCGCUGCUCAAUGCAUUCCUCGACGUGUUUGAUCCGGUGAUUGCACAUUGGCCGAGUCCUGGUGAUUAUAAUCUCAACGUUGUUGUCCGUAGCAAUACAAAAAAACAUCUCGGUUAUCUGAUAAACUGUGGAUUAAAGAUGGGAGAUGGCUCUCAUACCUGUAACAUUGAAUUGAAAGAUCAGCUAAUUCAGAACAAAAGUCUUUCGAUGGAUUGCUGUCGGAAGAUUGUGAAAGCUGGCAAAGAAUGUCACACUGAAUGGAUGAAGUUAUUCUUCCAAUUCUAUCAACUCAAACACUUUAGUUCUAAAAGUACUAUCAAAAUUAACGAAAUGUGGAAUAUAUGUACAACUGAAACUGAAGCUAUUUCACCAUUUUCUGGUUAA